AUGAUGGGCCUGGCCCUGUGGACAGGAAAAACUAAGCGAGCUACUCAAUCUUUUGUCAAUCCAGAAGAUGCUCAAAGACAAGGAGUGGCGCCUGCUACAAGCGAAAACAAAGACGUAGAAAGAGUGCAAAGAGCUCAUAGAAAUGAUGUCGAGAACUUGCUCCCUUUUCUAGGAUUGGGAAUUUUCUACUGUGCCUCCCGGCCAGACCCAGUAGUUGCUCUGUGGCAUUUCAGAGCGUUUGCUUUGGGGAGGUUUAUCCACUCUAUAGCGUAUUUAAAUGAAAGAGGAAUUGAAAGGGCUUUCGGGUUCAUGUUGGGAGCUGUCGUUUGCGUGUCAAUGGCAGUCCAAAAUGUGAUGUACUAUGCUGUUUCUUACUAA